ACUUGAUACUUCAAAUCGCGGGUUAUCAAAUUGAAAGCAUGGAUUUCUAACCUAAACCCUAACCUAAUUUGUUUCUUCCUCACCUCUCAUUCACUUUAUAAAUGAGAAACCUUUUUUUGAGAGCUUACCUGCAUUGUUCAAUUUUGAGCUUUUAGUUUGGAAACGUUAGCUUCCAUUUCUUCCAUGGAUUCUUCUCUCUUACAACAACCACUAAGUCCUAUUGCUGAAUACUUAAGCUCCCCCAUGCUCUCUCUUUCGGUUCUAGCUAUCUUGGAAUUCCAAGUCCCAAUUCACACCUUGGAUCUUGCUUCCAAUCUUCGGAACCUCUUCCUCCCCAUCAACCCUCGGUUUUCCUCCAUAUUGGUUACAAAUGAGCAAGGAGAGAAGAAGUGGAAAAGGGUAAACGUAGAAGUGGAAGAGCAUGUGAAAGAUCCAAUCUUUCCACCUGGUUUAACUAUAGAAUCAUACAAAGCUCAUUUUGAUGAGUACUUAACGAAGAUAUCCAUGGAAGAAUUUCGACCCGACAAACCACUAUGGGAAACUCAUUUGUUCAAGUAUCCAACAUCCCCAACCGUCGCCGGAACCAUGAUUCUAAAGCUCCACCACUCCCUCGGCGAUGGCUAUUCUCUCAUGGGUGUCGUUCUUUCUUGUCUCCACACAGCCUCAGACCCUAAUGUUCCUCUCACUUUUCCUUCCCGACGUCAACGACGAUUCAACAACGGUGUUGUGAAGUCUUUGACUGGAAUUGUGUCCGCCGUUUGUAGAACGGCGUCGGAUUUGGGGUGGAGCGUUUUUAAAGGAAUAGAUGAGAAAACUCCUAUAAGGUCAGGACGUGAAGGGCUACAGUUCAUGCCGAUGAAUACUUUUACCGUGUCGUUUUCGCUCAAUGACAUAAAGAAAAUCAAGACGAAGCUCCAAGUGACAGUAAAUGAUGUGAUAACAGGGAUAAUCUUCAUGGGACUAAGGUUGUAUAUGGAAGAAAUAGAGAAAAAUUCCGGUGAAGUCGCAGCAACGGCAUUGACAAUAGUGAACACGAGAGUAAUUGGAAACUAUCGGUCGGCGACAGAGAUGGCAAAACCAGAGAGCAAAGGACUAUGGGGAAACCAAUUAUCUUACUUGGAAAUUAUGAUCCCAAAAAUGACCAACGUCACUAACCCACUAGAGUUUGUCAUGGCUGCUCAUCGCUCCAUCAACAACAAACGAACCUCCUUCACUAUUCAUGUUGUGGCUCACCUUUUGAAUCUCUUGAGAAAACUUCGAGGUCAUCAGGAAGUAGCAAAGUUCCUCCACAAUUUGUUGAAGAACACCACCACAGUAAUCUCAAAUGUGAUUGGUCCACUUCAGCAAAUGGCUUUAGAUAAUCAUCCCAUUAGCGGCUUAUACUUCACCAUUGUGGGCACACCUCAGAGUGUUACGGUAACGAUGUUGAGUUAUAUGGGGAAACUGAGAGUUUCAUUCAGAACAGAAAAGGAUUUCAUUGAUGCCCACAAGUUAAAUUGUUGUAUGGAAGAUGCAUUUGAGAAGAUAUUUGAAGCAGCAAAUGAUAUUCCUUGACCCUAAACUAUAUAUAUUCGUAUAUGCUAAUUUAAUUUGUUAACUGUUUCUUCUUUAUGUCAUGUAAUGAUAAGCUACAGAAGAA